AUGUCGUCAAUUGAAGCGACGAUUGAUUUAUUAGAGAGAUUAGACAAAAAUCCAAAUGACGAUAACUUCUUGGAAGCUUUACGAUUCCUAGUAAAUUUAGACUAUAAUACUACAGUUUAUUUGACGCUCACACAAUACAUCCUCAAUUCUAAUCAUCUAAAUUACGCCGAUUUACUUGGAUUCUUUAAAACUCUCACACAGGCUAAAAUACAAAGACAUCUCACCUUAAACGGUCUGUUAGAUGUUCUCGAUAAAUUGAACCUUCGAGCAUCUCUCAAGGUGUCUUAUUUAGCCGGUAUUAUGAUGGCAUUGGAUAGUAGUAGAAACGAAGAGAUCGAUGAUAUUCAAGAUAUACUCAUAUGCGAAAUAGAGGAUAGUUUACUAUACGAGGUUGAUUCUCUUCUUGACAAUAGCUAUAUUAAGACUUUGGUAAUGAUCCUACCGCAAAUUCGGACAAACAAGUUGAAAUUAAUGGAUAUAAAUCUGUUAAGGAAUUUUUUUGUCAAGGUUCUUAUUGAAUCAUUUAAACUUGAUAAUCAUAAUGACAACAUCCAUCUACAAUCCAAAGAAAUAAAGGAAAGACCACUUUACACUAGCAUACCUUCCAUUUCACGCAUUUUGUCUCGUUUUUGCACUUUAUGGUCUCACCAGAAUACCAACAAUCUCGAGAACUUGCUUGAGGGUUUACUUCAAAUAUCUAUACAACAUGAGCGUCUGCUGUCUUCAUUCAGCUUCUCGGAAUUAGAUAAAGAUAGGGAUAUUCAUUCGCAUUUUAUGACACUUCUGUUUACCUCAUUAAUUGUCCUUCAAACUAUCCUUACCCAUGCAGUUACAUCGUACGGAUUCAAAAAUAGUGAUCCGUAUCUACCAAGGAAAGUAUUUGAAAUAACUUCCCACUUGGUAGUUAUCAAUCAUCUAGUAAAUCAAGAUGAAGAUUUGAGAGAAUGGGUAGCUGUCAAUCUUCUUUGUGUAGAUAUGAUCAAUGCGAUUGAGGAUGAAAAUAUCGCAGUUACAGCAAGUGAAGAGAUAUUAACUAAAUUGACCGAAGAAUACCCUAACAAGCAACAAAAUGAUGUGAAGGUCAUUCACUUCCUUCAUAUUGCGGAACUUCUAGUUCUUAAGUGCUCACCAGCGUUUGUUCUAUCGACCGUCUUGCCAAUAUGUGACAGAUACCUGGAAGACAGUAAACAUGCACAAGCAUUCGAGAAUGCACAUUCAGUCACGCUCACUUUCUUUGGUGGUGUCAAACCUGAUGAUGUCGAUCAAGUCUUGGUUGCUAGAGUGAUGAGUUAUGCGAUAACAUUAUUGAAAACUCUCGAUGUCUUGUCUAAAGAGCAGUUUACAACUGCAUAUCAGAGUGUGAUAAAGAAAGUCUCAACACAUUCAACGGAACUCACACAGUGGUGCCUAGAUGGUCUCUGUGAUGCCUUUAAAAAUGGAGAACUACAGGAGUCAAAAUUAAAGGUUGCAUUCACAAUUCCAACUCUCUUACCUUACAUAGAGUAUGACUUAUUAGAUGACUUCUUGCGCUUGCUCGAAAGAUUACACCUCAAUCCAUGGAUAGAGCAAGAUCAGGAUGAUUUCUUAGCUCUCACAUACAAGUCCAUCAAGUUAGUCAAAAAUGAAAAGUGUCUGAUAAAGUGUCUAGAGUGGUGGGGUGAAUAUACGAGUCGUUGUAGAUCUCAACCAUUAAUAAAAGCACGUUUGUAAAGUACAUGUAUACCAAACUUCUAUU